AUACUCUUUCUGUGAUUAGGCUCUUCUUAUUUUAAGUAUGCAUAUAGGAGAAAUCUUAUUCCUAUGUAUGUUCUAACCAUACAUAAUAAUAACCUAAAACUUGCAAAUAUGACUGACUAUUUCUUUCAGGCAUCCCAACAGUAUUAAUAAUAAAUUAAAUUUGAUAAAAGUGGUUGAUUAUUUGAUAGGUCCGUCCACCCUUUAAUAAUCUACCACUUUAUCAAAUUUAAUUUAUUAUUGAAAAAAGAAGACUAGUGGUCCACCUUUUGUCAAAUUUCCGACAAAACGUCCCAAAGCAAAGGCCAAAGCUCAAGACCGCCGAAGCCGAAGCCGAACAGGUCACAGGCAGCGAACAAGUUGAGUUCCUGAAAUAGUUUCUCUCUUCGUUAUGUCUGCUCAAAUGUGACUUCUGUUUAACGAAAUCUUUGUGUUACUAAGCAUAUUUGGAGACAUCGACUACUUCCCUCUCAUCCAUCCAACGGCGGGAUCCUCGAAUUUACUGACUAGUUAUUGGAUCUAAACUGGGUGCCAACCAUGUCCAACUUUUGUUCUGCAGCUUGGGAUAUAAGCCCAAUACCUUCCCACAUGCUUAUGCACAGGUUAAUUCCUUAUGACUUGUAAAUAGUUGGUCGCAUGAAUCAAUGCAAAUGUUCCAAGUGUCAUUCUCUUUAUUCAAAAUGAAGAAGUGGUCUGGUGGUCUGUUCAUUGUAGCUCUUGCUAUGAUCUUAGUCUUCAGCUAUUGCCUGAUGGGUUCUCGGCCAGUUCCCCCACAAAAGCAGUCUGCAAGUAGUUUCUUUAGAGGUCAUGAAGUAAAUGAUUAUUCUACAAAAGAGGCUUCUCGAAUGGAAGAGAAGAAAUUAGCAAAGUCAUCAACAAAGCCACAUCUUAUACAUGUCAAGGGCCUCGAUGAUCUAUAUGCUCCCAAUAAUAUAUCCGAGGGAGAGUCGAGGGCCUUGCUUGUAUGGCCCCACAUGCGUUUGCUACUAUCCAGGUCCGAUUCUUUGCCCGAAACAAUGCAAGGGAUUAAAGAGGCAUCAAUGGCAUGGAAAGAUUUAUGUUUAUUGCUAGAGAGGGAAAAAUUCUCCAAAUUAAGCAGCAGUAACAACCCAGAUUAUACCAACUGCCCAUCCUCGGUAUAUAAACCAGAUAGUAGGGAAACAUCAAGUACUGGGAUUAUUCUUGAGCUCCCCUGUGGACUUGUAGAUGAUUCUUCCAUUACAGUGGUUGGCAUUCUCAAUGGGAACAAUGGAAGCUUUCAUAUUGACCUCGUAGGCUCUCAACUUUCCAAGGAGAUGAAGCCCCCUAUUAUUUUGCAUUACAAUGUCAGCCUGCCUGGAGAUAACAUGACACAGGAGGCAUUUAUUGUUCAGAAUACAUGGACAAACGAAACUGGAUGGAGCAUGGGGGAAAGAUGUCCUUCCCAUAGAUCUACAAAAACCACAGAAGUUGAUGGACUUGUUCUUUGCAAUGAACAAAUCAUCAAAAGUACCGGGGAAGAGAAUCUAAAUGUGACUCAUCCUGGCAGUGACACGUCAACCAAUUUUUCUGGGGGAAGCGCUCAUGCAAGUGCCAAUUUCCCUUUUGUUGAAGGGAAUCCAUUCACUGCUACACUAUGGGCUGGUUUAGAUGGAUUUCAUAUGACUGUAAAUGGGAGGCAUGAGACAUCUUUUCAAUAUAGGGAGAAACUUGAGCCCUGGUCAGUUGGCAGCCUUAAAGUGGAUGGCGGUGUUGAAGUCUUAUCAGCCUUAGCGAAAGGCUUGCCUGUUUCUGAGGAUCAUGAUUUGGUUGUUGAUGCUGAGCACCUCAAAGCUCCUCUAGUUUCCAGGAAAAGACUAGUAAUGUUGAUUGGCGUUUUCUCCACGGGAAAUAAUUUUGAGCGUCGUAUGGCACUGAGACGGUCUUGGAUGCAAUAUGAGGCUGUACGUAGAGGAGAUGUUGCUGUUCGAUUUUUCAUUGGCCUUCACAAACACAUACAGGUCAAUUAUGAGCUGUGGAGGGAAGCUCAAGUAUAUGGAGAUAUCCAGCUGAUGCCUUUUGUUGAUUAUUAUGGCCUCAUUGCCUUGAAAACCGUAGCAGUAUGCAUUCUUGGGACCAAACUCCUCCCUGCUAAAUACAUUAUGAAGACAGAUGAUGAUGCCUUUGUUAGGAUUGAUGAAGUUCUAUCUAGCCUGAAGGGCAAGCCCACUAAUGGCCUCCUUUAUGGUCUUAUAUCCUCAGAAUCAUCUCCCCAUAGAGAAAAAGACAGCAAAUGGUAUAUCAGUGCUGAGGAGUGGCCUCACCCAUCAUAUCCACCAUGGGCUCAUGGCCCUGGUUAUAUCAUCUCCCGGGACAUUGCAAAAUUUAUUGUCCGUGGCCACCAGGAAAGAGAUCUUAAGCUUUUCAAGCUAGAGGAUGUUGCGGUGGGCAUAUGGAUUGAGCAGUUCAAGAAGAGUGGUAAAGAAGUGCAUUAUGUGAACGAUGAGAAGUUUUACAAUGCUGGAUGUGAAUCAAACUAUAUUCUGGCUCAUUAUCAGGGCCCAAGGAUGGUCCUGUGCCUUUGGGAGAAGCUACAAAAGGAGCGCAAGCCCAUCUGCUGCGAGUGAGUAAAUUAUUGUCCGACAAAUCAAGAGCGUGUGGAAUCCCUCUUCCUCGGUUAAAGCCAAGUUUAAUUAAUGGCUGUUUACAUGUAGUUUUAUUUAUUUGUCGAUUAUCUUGGACAUUCAAUCAGGGGGUUGGGUAGCUGCUGCUUUUGCUUUACCCACUUCAUUUGUUAUCUUAUUACGAGUGCGUAACGAAUAUUCAAAGAAGGAAAAAGGGAUUAUCAUUCAA